AUUUAAACUGAAGCAUAGCGAGUUUGUGAGUAUCUUGCUCUUGUGUUGCAGAGGAAUUAUACAGCAGUCUUUCUUGUGAGCAGCGGUACGGUUUGAAAUGGCUAAUCGUUUGACCAGGAAUUCUCAGAUUGCAGCUGAGAACCGAACUGCGCUGGCUGGUAAAGCCAUGGUGUCCAAGCCUACGCUGAGGCCAAGGGCCGUGUUGGGGGAGAUCGGAAACAAAACCGCAGCUCCUAGACUACUUAAAAAGGAAACCAAGCCCGAGAUAACGAAAGUCGUUCAGCGGAAGCCAAUUAAGGUGGAGAAGGCUCCUGAGGUGCAGCUGCCCAAACGAAAUGCGAUCAAGAAACUUGAAGAGAAAGUAACGCUACCGGCGAUCCCUGAGCCUGCAUCUCCUACGCCCAUGGAGACCUCUGGCUGUGCUCCAGAAGAUCUUUGCCAGGCUUUCUCUGACGUGCUCCUCAACAUCAAGGAUGUGGACGCAGAUGACUAUGACAAUCCCAUGCUCUGUAGUGAAUACAUCAAGGAUAUCUACAAAUACCUCCGUCAACUUGAGGUUGACCAGGCAGUCAGACCCAGGUACUUGGAUGGACGGGAAGUGACUGGGACUAUGCGUGCCAUCCUUAUUGACUGGUUGGUCCAGGUGCAAGUCAAGUUCCGCUUGCUGCAGGAGACUAUGUAUAUGACUGUUGGCAUCAUUGACCGCUUCCUUCAGGAUAACCCUGUGCCAAAAAAGCAGCUCCAGCUUGUUGGUGUAACUGCCAUGUUCAUCGCCUCCAAAUAUGAAGAAAUGUACCCACCAGAGAUCGCAGACUUUGCCUUUGUCACUGACCGGGCAUACACCACUGCCCAAAUCCGGGAAAUGGAGAUGAAGAUCCUGCGGGUACUGAAUUUUAGCUUUGGUCGACCUCUCCCCCUACAGUUCCUGCGCAGAGCUUCAAAGGUUGGAGAGGUCACUGCAGAACAUCACACCCUGGCAAAGUACUUGAUGGAGCUCACAAUGGUCGACUAUGAUAUGAUCCACUUUCCUCCCUCCCUGGUGGCUUCUGCUGCGUUUGCCCUCUCUCUGAAGGUUUUCGACUAUGGCGAAUGGACCCCUACUCUACAGCACUACAUGGAUUACACUGAGGCCUGCCUGGUCCCAGCGAUGCAGCACAUUGCCAAGAAUGUUGUGAAGGUCAAUGACGGACUCACAAAGCACAUGGCGGUCAAGAAUAAGUAUGGUAGCCAGAAGCAGAUGAGGAUCAGCAGUCUUGCUCAGCUGAAGUCUUCAGUUAUCAAGGACCUGGCAAAACAAUUGUCUUGAGCCAUUUAUUGGGCACUGUGUGCUCUUUGUAUAAACUGUAAUUUUGUGUGCUUGUUUCUUUUAAAUAAAGAUUUUUACUCCCUUUUA